AGAUAACGGCUGGGCGUAAAAAUGGCGAUAUCAGCGUUGGAGAUCCGCUAUGUCCUACUUGAAUGGACUGAGGGUGAGGAUAGAGGGGCCCAUAGUAUUUUGGCUCUCGACUGUGUCCGGAAUUUUUCAGUAAAAACAUUUCUUGAAAGGACUGAAAAAAACGAGAAGCUGGUGGAAUGGCGAAAAGGCCGCCAACCCUGGCCGGUGCACCGAGCAAGAAUUAUUGACGUGAAUUUGAAAAAACUCUCCAAAUUAAACUGCGUGGGAUCGAGAUGGAGAAAGAAGUCACACAGCAAACAAAACAUCCCAAACUCAAAGUACCGUGAUCAGGGGCAGACUGAGAAGGCUUCAAAGAAAAGGGUUGACAAUAAAAAGAGAUGUCCUUCUAAAUACAACCACGAGGAGGAGGAGGAGAAGGAGGAGGAGGAGGAUGAGGCGCGUCAUGACAGGCCUUCAAAGAACAAGCGGGCCAGCGAAGAGGAGGAGCGUAUUGGGGAUGAAGAGGACAUAGUACCACCCUCUAAGAAAAAGACAGCUGCUGAAUUUAGAAAACACCUGGAUGAACAGAUGUGGGAGAGAAGGAAACUUGACCAAAUGCAAAGAAAUUUGCAGGAGUUGAGAAAUGAAGUCCAUUCUCUUAAAAAUGAAAAUGCACGUCUGAAAGACAUUAUCAUCAAUCAAAUCCCUCAAAUGAAAAGUGACAUCGCCAUUAUUGCUCAAAAGAAGACUGGAAGGACUCCUGUGGAGGAUCUAGAUUCCUCCUUCUCGACUUUUGGAGAAAUGCAACCGACUCCAGAGAGGAGACAGAGCCCAGAGGACACCGAGCCCUUUAAAGAGAGUCCCAUGGUGACUGAGCGCUUUCGAGAGACACCACAGACUGCAGCAACAGCUGAGACCUCAGCGAAAACACAGAUGGAAGUUAUAAAGGGCUCUGGGGUGUUUUGCCAGGCAGAAGCGUGGAAAGCAGCCCGCCUUGCCCCCUCUGCUACUGCCAUGGUGCGGAAUCUCCUGCUGGGCACCUUUGAUUUGGAGACUUUGCUGAAAAGCAACCUGAAUGGUGGGAAGCCAACCAGAGGGGAUGGGGACCAGCUGGUCGCACUUGACCAAAUUAAAAAGGCAGCCAUUAUUGCCACAUUGCUGGGGUAUUGCGCUGUAAGAUGCUACAUUGAAGAAGUGGCCGGCAGCCAGCCGAGGGCAGAUAGGCACAUCUAUCAAUUCAAAGCUCACGGAGCUGAGAAGAUCAACAAGAUAAAUAGUUUUUUUUUUCUAUUCAGUUUUUUGUCUUGUUUUUGUUCUUGUUCUAUUUGAUUGUUCUUAA